UCCUGGCCCACCUGGAACACCGGGAAUUCCUGGAGGACCAGGUGUACUGUACACACGAGUUCCUGGCCCACCUGGUCCACCAGGAAAAGAAGGGGUCAUGGGACCUCCUGGACCGCCAGGUUUUCCUGGCGAACCUGGUGAACCUGGAGAACCAGGACCACGUGGAGCCGCAGGAAGAGAUGGUAUUCCCGGACUACACGGCAUUCCAGGAAUUACUGGACCACCUGGCCCGCGUGGAGAGGACGGAGGUUAUUGUCCAUGCGCGACUAACAAGUAUCCUCAAAGUGGUGAUGGCAAAGUCAAACUCAUAGCACACUAUGAAAAAUGA